UCGAACCCGAUAGCAUUCUACUCCUACUACAUUUCAAUGAAAAUCAGCAUAUAUCACUACGAGUAGUAGCUAGUAUGUGUGCAAGUAUUAUUAAAUGAUGCCUAGUACAUUUAAUUCAGUCCAAUUCCCUGCUCACGAAAUGGGCAGUCUGUUUGAAUAUUUGUAAAUGUAUCUAUGCAUUCAAUUAGGUUGUCCCAAGUUUCAGUAGUUCAGCGCUGAGUAGCCUACUGACACUUUUACUAUAAGUUAGCAUGCGAUAUGGUUGCUUCUCCAGUAAUACAUUAUACACAGUAAUACUAUCAUAAACGAACAAGAUUGAUUGUUUUGUCCAAUUUCAACAGACUGGCGACGUAAAAUAACGUCUGUACAGUUGCGUAGCUAGCUACAGUGAAUGCAAGCAUGGCUGCUGUAGUCGAGUCAGUUUUGAUAGGGUUGUGUGAUGAGAGCAUUGGGAAAAACUUGGCAUCUUUCUCUACCAACAAACUCGGAGGCCUGCCGGAUUGCCUUCCUUCAGUGUUGUUGCGUUACCCACGCUGUGCUCUCUGCAGUACAGAGCUUACCCAUGUUGUGCAAGUAUACUGUCCUCUAGCGGCAUCUCCGUAUCAUCGUACCAUAAAUGUGUUCGCCUGUCCAAACCCAGUGUGCCAGGGAAAAUCCGAAAGUUGGACUGUGCUACGCUCACAGUGUUUGGAUAUACCCGUGUGUGAGGACAAGAGGACUAAAUGUGCUAUGGUCGAGGAGGCUCCCAUGACAACCAGGGACUGGUGUGAAGAAGCUGAUGACUGGGGCGAGGCAGAGGAGGGUCCUGGUAGUUCAGCUCCUGCCUGCAGCGAUGAAGGCCCUGAUCCGAGCUCCAUGCCCGAUCAGGACUUCAGCACGAGGAUGCAAGAGCUCAGGCUGGAGGAGGGAGGAGAGUGUAGCUUCAGUGGGGGUGUCUUGGAUCUCCCAGGACAGGUGCCCAUAUUCUGCUCCCGCUACAUCAGUGUGAUGGAGGAGGGGGACUUGUGGGGGCAAACGGACCUGGAGCAUGAGCAAAGACUGCUGCAGGAGUAUGAGCGGAGAGAGGGUGUGGCCGUGGGGGAGAUGGACAGCUGUGAAAGUGGAAAGGAGGUGGAGAAAUAUGAGAAGGCUAAAGCUCGACAUGGUGACCAGGUCUUCUCCAGGUUCAUGAAGAAGAUCUCCUUGUGUCCAGAGCAGGUUUUAAGGUACUGUUGGAAUGGGUCACCAAUACUCAUCACAGACCCUCCCUCCAAUGUGGUACCACCCUGUGUUCACUGUGGCGAUCCCAGAACAUUUGAGUUUCAGCUCAUGCCAGCACUGGUCAGCUUGCUCAGGAGUGCAGACUCCAGUUUGGAGAUGGCGGUGGAAUUUGGGACUGUUCUCGUCUAUACCUGUAGGAGAAGCUGCUGGGAGACACUGGACACACCUUUGCAGGAGUGCGUGUUUGUUCAGAGAGAUCCAGACCAAAAGUUUUUCAAGUGACAGUGUAAAUAAAAUAGUCUUCUCUUUGAAUACUCAGGACUUCCUGUCUCAUAGACUCCUCUUCCUGUCAUCUGACAACACACAUUUGGGUGAUAAUGCAAAUGUAAAAGCAAGUGAACCCAGAGUUUGUGGCCAAUGUGGUUUAAUAGCUGGAUCCGUUGAAGCUUACAGUGUUACAGCAUUUUCUUAGUACUUAUCUUAGAAAUGCAUGGACAUCAGAUGUACUUGCAAAUGCUGUGGCUAGCUUCAAGCAUCCAAUAUAUGAUGUCAUCUCUCUAAAGGGGCCCUCCUCUCUCAUUCGCGUCUCUAUCUCGGCCCCCAGUGGUGGGAUGAGUUCCCCACAACAACGAUGGCAGCAGUCACUGCCCAUCUUCCGCUCAGAAUAAAAAUGCACCUGUUUAAUACUACACCAUAGCUCAUCUAAUUCUGAGGUCUGAAAAGUUUGCAAGGGUUUACACGUUAUGCCUAU